UGUUUUGACUGUUUAGUAACUUGUUCGUAAUCGUAGUUAUUAUCAAUAUCUAUUCGCUAUUUUCUAUAUGUAAAAUUCUAAAAUCAACGCGAUGAAUAUGCUUAAAUUAAUGUUAGUCCGUCUUCUCCCAAAAGUCAUACUGCCCAUUUUGCCUUAAUUGUUCGAUUCUAUUUUAUCCCCGGGACAUGUCGUAAUAAUGGUGAAAGCGCUGGAUUUAAGUUCUAUGCUUAUAUAUGUAACAAAGAGUAUCGCCUAUAUCUAUGCUUCAAUAUUUCUGCUUAAUGUCUACUUACAUUUGUUGUUAAACAACGGUAUUUAUUAAAUAGGAUACUGCUAAAUAUGUGGAACGAGAUGGCAGAAAAGUGUUUUACACACCUGAAGGCAGAUGAUUUUAUAUUCGUGUCCGGUCCAUUGGUGUGUUUCACCAAUCUUGACGCGAGCGGAAACCAGAGCUUCCACUACAAGGUAAAUGUAAAGGAGCUCAAUUAUGUUGCGCAUCCUAGCCUGGGCUCAGUCUUCCAAAAAUCCAAGGGAUCACAAGUAGGAGCAGAUGUUGAUGAAGAUUGCAUGAGUAAGUACAAAAGCCAACUACACCUGUGGCAAGUAUUCUUUGCAAGCCCAUACGAGUGGUGGGAUAAUAGGAGACGGAAGCAAAAUUCAAGGGAACCUGAUUUCAGACACAAGGAUACUGGUGAAGCACUCUGGCUUCAUUCAAGUGAUCCUCCAUGGAUUAAAAGGCAGCUCCAAUUGCUUGAUUCAAAAAUGGAGGAACAAGGCCUU